AUGAGACAGGUCAGGCAGGAGGAUGAAUACCUACGCAGCAGCUCAGAUGGACAAGCCAAAUGUGAAGCCUUCCAGGAACUGAUAAGCAACGUUGUCAUGAAGUUGAAUUUUUCCAGAAACCUCCAAGAUUCUGGGGUCUCCGUCUUUUUCUAUGAGUUCCAGCAUCGACCCAGUUCUUUUGCGAAGAUCAAGCCGGCCUGGGUGCGGGCUGGUCAUGGGGCUGAGAAGACCUUCAUCUUCGGGGGUCCUUUCCUCAUGGUUGAGAGCUCCACGCUGGCCUUUCCAGAAGCCACAGAGGAGGAGCAGCAGCUGAGCCUCACCGUGAUGGCCCAGUGGACCCACUUCUCCUCGACAGGGGAUCCCAAUGGCAAGGGGCUGCCUCCUUGGCCCCCAUUCAACUGUUCAGAGCAAUACCUGGAAAUCCGCCUGGUGCCACGGGUCAGCCAGAAGCUAAGGAAGGCCCGACAGCAGUUCUGGGCAGAGACACUUCCCACCAAGAUCUGGCAGUGGCAGCAGAAGCAGAAGGGCAGGAAGGCCCAGGAGGAGCUCUGAGCUCCAGACUUCAAAUGGGCCUUCCCCUUUCCCUGACUAACUCCUCGUCCUUCACCACGAAGACUGGAUCUUCUCCAGAGAGCCUUUCUUCCCUGACCACCAUCACCCAGUUCUGGACUCCCACAUCAUGAUUGCUUGUGGCAGGUGCCAGCCAGCUGGAGCAUGAGUUGGAUUCUGUGCCUGAGCCUUACCCUCUGCCUGAUGGUACAGACAGCCCUGGGUAAGCCCCCACCCCUUCCUGAGGGCGUUGGACAAGAGGGAUAUGAGGGACACAGGGACAGGCCAACAGCUCAACCUCUCCUGGGGGCAGCAGGGCAGGGACAUUUAGCGGUCUGGGCGGAUGGGUGGUAGAGAGCUGGGAGU